AUGCGCAACUGGCAUUUCAACGGAGCUGAUAAUCGACGACAGUACAUAGAAUCGUUCACAAAGAAGUUUGUCACCGAUUGCAACUGUGAAACUAUGCUUUUCGAGGUUUUACAGCUAAGCUGGUUGCCUGCAAUCAGAGUUGUGAUUGCACUGCUGCAACAAUGGAAUGUGUCUUCAGUUGUUUUCAAAGAAGUUGGAACGAGUUAUCUGAAUCGACGUAUCAUGCCUUGCCAAUACGACCCAAAAAACUUUUUUGAUGACAUGAGGGACUUUCUUUAUGAGAAGCCAACUUAUCCAUGCAAAUCUUUCGCCAUGGAUUUCAAUGUACCGUAUGGAAUGGACCAAGAUAUUCUCACGAAAUCGGACACAUUUGUUGAUAGUAUUAUGAGACUUCUCUAUUGGACCCCAUCAGACAAAGUGAAGAUUGCUUUCUCAUACUUUUACAGUUCUUCACAUGAACCAAAAUCUGAUUUCCAAAUCAAAACGAAGGAUUAUAUGCCCACCAUUGUCGAGCUAGUAUUUCACUUAACAGAAAAAAAUAUGGAGCUAGUUAUUGAACUAGCCAUGAAUGAAUUUCAACAAGCUGAUUUUGACAACCUUCGUCAUUUAUUCCAUUUUGAGAGCGCAAUGGAAUUUUGGACACUCGAAGAAACAAAAACAAUUGAAACAACAGUGCGUCUUGACAAUGGCUUUUUCAUUGACAAGAAAGAAUUCUAUUGGUACAAUGAAUCGUUGAACAGCUCAGUUUGUCUUAUAUUCUCAGCUGUGGAUCCAGAAGCACUCUGA